AUGAUCAUAAUUCUCUGGUCUCCUGUAAAGUGCUAUGAUUCAUUAUUUACACUUAUGAAUUUGGGUACAGAAUAUCAACCACCAAGUAUAAAUGAUUUAUUAGGUUCAUCAGUUUCAACAACAGUUACUCAUUGUGCACAACUAUGUAAUCAAAAUCGAUAUUGUCGUGUAUUUAAUUUUAUUAACUCAACAUGUCAAUUAUAUCAAUCAGCUAAUGGUAAUAUUUUAAUGUCUUCUGAAUCAUUAUCAUCCGUAGUCGGAAGAAUUAAUUAUAGUUUAUUUGUUUUCUCCGCAUAUGGACAGUCAUGUGAUAAAUGUUUCAAUAGUCGUUAUUUAAUUUGUAUCAAUAAUUUAUGUGCAUGUCCUUCUACAAGUUAUUAUAACGGAACAUUUUGUCAGGAUCAAUUAUUAGUCAAUUCUACAUGUUCAUCGUCGUCACAAUGCAGACAAGAUUUAAAUUUAUUGUGUAUUGAACAAAAAUGCAAAGAUAUGAGUUAUCCCCAAUGGAAUACUACAGGAGUGACAGUUGCUGGCACAACAGGUAUCUCGGGAGGGACAAUGACUUUGUUAAACGAACCACACGGUUUAUUUAUUGAUCCAGCAACGGAUUUACUCUAUAUUGCCGAUAGAGAAAACCAUCGUAUUCAACAAUAUCAAUUUUUAACCAAUGAUACAUCAAUCAUAAACACUGUUGCUGGUACUAGUCAAGUUUCAGGGUGUGCAUUAAAUCUAUUGAAUUAUCCGACCGCUGUUAGUGUUGAUAAACAACAAAAUCUCUACAUAGCUGACGCGAGUAACAACAGAAUUCUCUAUUGGCCACAAGGAGCAACGGAUGGUGUUACUGUUGUCGGAUUCCCGAUUCGUCGACACGUUAAUUGA